GCUGCCUGGGCUGGCUCGGCGGGCUCGGCCGGGCGCGCGAUGGCUGGCCGGGCUCUUGCGCCGGGCGCGCGGGCGCUGGCCGCCUGCUCUGGCGGGGCCCCGCGGUGGCGCGGGUAUCGCACGGAGCGCGGCGUCUACGGCUACCGGCCGAGCAGCCGGGCGGAGGGCGGCGGCGGCGGCGGCGGCCCAGGGGCGGAGCGGCGGCGGGAGCAGGAGCGCGCCCGGGAGCAGGCCGGCCGGCGGGCAGGCGACCCCGGCCUGGCCCGCUUGGUGGCGGCCUAUCGGCAGCACGGCCACCGAGCGGCCCGGAUCAACCCCCUGCGUGCGGGCCAGGCUGCUGCGGACGCGCCGCCCGAGAUCCAGGCGCUGGCCGAGGAAGCCCCGCGAGGACCUUUCCGCACGGCAGGAGUUUUGAAUAUGGGAAAGGAGGAAGCGUCUCUCCAGGACGUCAUGUCUUACUUGGAUGAUACAUAUUGUGGGCGUAUAUCUAUAGAGACUAGCCAGCUGGCAAGCAUGCAAGAGAGAGAAUGGAUGGCGAAGAGGUUUGAGGAGCUGAAGCGAGAGGCAUUCACUACAGAGGAGAAAAAGCACUUGUGCCGGCUCAUGCUGGAAUCUCAGGAAUUUGAUCGGUUUUUGGCUACAAAGUUUGCCACGGUGAAAAGAUACGGCGGUGAAGGAGCAGAGAGCAUGAUGGGUUUCUUUCAUGAGGUGUUAAAGCUGUGCUCAUACAGGGGGGUGACAGACAUUGUUCUGGGAAUGCCUCAUCGCGGCAGACUGAAUCUCCUCACAGGGCUUCUUCAGUUUCCCCCUGAGCUCAUGUUCCGUAAAAUGCGAGGCUUAAGCGAAUUCCCAGAGAAUUCACCAGCGAUUGGAGAUGUUCUCUCCCACUUGACUGCUUCAGUAGAUCUGGACUUUGGGUCUCACCGGCCUAUUCGUGCCAUCCUGUUACCAAAUCCUUCCCAUCUGGAAGCCAUUAAUCCUGUGGCUGUUGGCAAGACACGGGGGAGGCAACAAUCGCUUCAGGACGGAGAUUACUCGCUAGAGAGUUCCGCACAGCCUGGAGACAAGGUCAUCUGCCUGCAGGUUCAUGGUGACGCUUCUUUUUCCGGCCAAGGAAUUGUUCCUGAAACAUUUACACUUUCUAAGGUGCCGCAUUUUAGAAUAGGUGGCAGCAUCCAUCUCAUUGUCAACAACCAGCUGGGUUAUACCACUCCCGCUGAGCGAGGGAGGUCAUCUCUGUACUGUAGUGAUAUUGGGAAGAUAGUUGGCUGUGCAAUCAUCCACGUGAAUGGGGAUGACCCUGAAGAAGUUGCCCGAGCCGCUCGAUUGGCAGUUGAAUACCAGCGUCAUUUCCGUAAUGACGUAAUUGUGGAUCUGCUGUGCUACCGCCAGUGGGGCCACAAUGAACUAGACGAGCCAUUCUUCACUAAUCCUACCAUGUACAAAAUAAUCAGGUCCCGUAAAAGUAUUCCAGACACUUACACAGACAAUCUAGUCGCCCAGGGACUCAUGACCGAAAAUGAGGUGUCUGAGAUAAAGACAUCCUGUUACUCUCAGCUGAACGAGCACCUUGCCAACAUGGCUUUGUACACUCCUCCAUCCACCAAUCUUCAGGCUCACUGGAGCAGCAUGGUGGAACCAUCAGCGAGGAUCACCACAUGGGACACCGGCAUGCCAGUUCCCCUCCUUCAGUUCAUUGGGGUCCAGUCUGUGGCUGUGCCAGAGGAACUGCAGCUGCACAGCCAUAUCCUGAAGACCCAUGCCCAGUCCAGAAUACUAAGAAUGGAGGAAGGAACGAAACUGGAUUGGGCAACUGCUGAAGCGUUAGCUUUCGGUUCUUUACUCAGUCAAGGUUUUAACAUUCGUCUGAGUGGGCAAGAUGUUGGCAGGGGAACCUUCAGCCAGAGGCACGCGAUGUUGGUUUGUCAAGAGACGGGCGAAACCCACGUCCCUUUGAAUCACAUGUCGCCAGAUCAGAAGGGCUUCCUUGAGGUAUGCAACAGCCCCCUCUCUGAAGAAGCUGUGCUUGGCUUUGAGUAUGGAAUGAGUAUAGAAAGCCCCAAAUUGUUGCCCAUUUGGGAAGCUCAGUUUGGUGAUUUCUUCAAUGGAGCUCAGAUAAUAUUUGACACAUUUAUCUCUGGAGGAGAAGCAAAGUGGCUCUUGCAAAGUGGAAUCGUCAUUCUUCUUCCGCACGGCUAUGAUGGUGCAGGACCAGAACAUUCCUCCUGUCGGAUUGAGCGAUUUUUGCAGAUGUGUGACAGCUCAGAGGAGGGUGUGGAUGGUGACCAUGUCAACAUGUCUGUUGUACACCCGACAACCCCAGCACAGUAUUUCCACUUGCUCCGUAGACAGAUGGUCCGAAAUUUCCGGAAACCACUCAUUGUGGCCUCUCCCAAAAUUCUGCUCAGGUUACCUGCCGCUGUGUCAGGCCUUCCAGAAAUGGCUCCAGGAACCACCUUCAGACCAGUCAUUGGUGAUUCAUCAGUAGAUCCUAAAAACAUCAGCAAAGUGGUUCUCUGUUCUGGCAAACAUUACUAUGCUCUGGCAAAACAACGGGACAUGCUUGAAGAAAAGAAGCAGACGACUGCAAUCAUCCGGGUAGAGGAACUGUGCCCUUUCCCACUGGAAGCUCUGCAGCAGGAGAUGAACAGAUUUACAAAUGCCAAAGUGUUUAUCUGGAGUCAGGAGGAACCACAGAACAUGGGGCCCUGGACAUUCGUGUCUCCAAGGUUUGAGAAACAGCUGGCCUGUAAGCUCCAUCUUGUCAGCAGGCCACCCUUGCCAGCCCCUGCAGUGGGCAUUGGGGUGUUGCAUCAAAAACAGCAGGAAGAACUCCUUGCCAAAACCUUUGCCUGAGGCUUAGCCAGACGUGUAUUUUUCCGUCAGAAUUUAAAACAAGGCUUUUGUAUUGUGGCAAGCCAGAAGAUGAUGACCCUGAACUUUGCCUUAGUGUUACCAAAAAUGCCUGAUAAAAUUGUUGCCAGCUGGGAACAUGAAAUCCUGUACUGUGUAAUUAAAGAAUCUUUUCAGGAAAUAAAAAGUGCACUCUCCUCUGGAA